UUUUGCGAAUGGUCAGUACCUACAUAUUACUUAUCGGCCAUACGUUGUUGUUAAUCAUUCGUAUACACACGUCUCAUUGCCAAGCCAACAUGUCCGCCACAAGUGCCUUCAAGUCCAGUAAAAUUGUACCCGAUGUUGUUGAUACUGCGCCUAAGGAUACCAUACAGCUAAGCUACCCGAGUGGUUCUAAAGCAGAACUCGGUAACGAACUAACACCGACGCAAGUCAAAGAUCAACCGACGGUAUCUUAUCCAGCUGACCCCGAUUCAUUCUAUACGCUUAUCUUCACUGAUCCAGACAACUAUGACGGUCCCGAGCUAGUAUACCGUGAAUGGCACCACUGGCUCGUGGUCAACAUCCCAGGCAAUGACGUGACAAAAGGCGAUGUCCUCUCCGGUUACAUCGGCUCAGGUCCCCCAGAAGGCACUGGCAUCCACCGCUACGUUUAUAUACUGUUCAAGCAACCGAAAAAACUGGUCUUCGAUGAAAAGAAACUGGAUAACAAGUCUAUUGAUGGUCGUGCUGCCUUCUCUACGAAGAAGUUCGCUGAGAAGUACAAUCUGGGAGCACCAGUUGCUGGAAACUUCUACCGUGCACAGUUCGACGACUAUGUACCUAAAUUGUACAAGAGUUUAGGAGUUUAAAUAUGUAUUUUGUAUAUUUUUUCUUGCUCUCCGAUGUGUAUUCAUACCAUUAGGUAUAUAUGAUAAUAUAAUAAAGUAUU